CGGCCCAAGGCGGCGGUCGGGGCGGGGGGGCGCGCGGCGGUACCGGCGGUACCGGGAGCGGGGCCGCCGCCGCCAUGUGGCUGUGGCUGUGCGGCGGGCGGCGGCACCGCCGCCUCGGGGGCUUCGCCUUCCUCCUCAUCGCCGUGCUGCUGCUGUUGCUGCUGCUGCACAGGUUUAACUGGAGUGAGCUGAUCCCUCUGCGAUUAUGGGGGAGGACCCUAGGCUUGCAGACAGAAAACUCACAGUUCCUCCUGGAAGGAAUGCCCUUCCGUAUAUUUGGAGGUUCCAUGCACUAUUUCCGAGUCCCCAGGGAAUACUGGGAAGACCGCAUGCUUAAGAUGAAAGCGUGUGGCUUAAACACCCUCACGACGUACGUGCCAUGGAACCUUCAUGAACAAGAAAGAGGGAAGUUUGACUUCAGUCGAAAUCUGGAUCUAGAGGCCUUCCUUUUACUGGCAGCUAAAAAUGGACUGUGGGUGAUUCUGCGUCCUGGACCUUAUAUCUGCUCUGAAUGGGACCUUGGUGGUCUGCCUAGUUGGCUACUGCAAGACCCAGGGAUGCAACUGAGGACAACGUACAAGGGCUUCACAGAAGCUGUGGAUGCUUAUUUUGAUCAUCUAAUGCCUAUUGUAGUCCCUCUUCAGUACAAGAAAGGAGGCCCCAUCAUUGCAGUGCAAGUGGAGAAUGAAUAUGGCUCCUACGCCAAAGACCCAGACUACAUGACCUAUGUUAAAAUGGCCCUGUUAAACAGAGGGAUCGUGGAACUGUUAAUGACCUCAGACAAUAAGAACGGGCUCUCAUUUGGCUUAGUGGAAGGAGCACUGGCCACUGUUAACUUUCAGAAAAUGGAAAGUGGGCUACUGAAAUAUCUGGACACAGUUCAGAAAGAUCAGCCAAAGAUGGUCAUGGAGUAUUGGACUGGGUGGUUUGAUAACUGGGGCGGCCCUCACUAUGUCUUUGAUGCAGAUGAAAUGGUGAAUACUGUAGCAAGCAUCCUCAAAUCAGGAGCAUCCAUCAAUCUCUACAUGUUUCACGGAGGCACCAACUUUGGCUUCAUGAACGGUGCUUUGGAGGCUGAUGGAUACAAGUCAGAUGUCACCAGUUAUGAUUACGACGCUGUGCUGACAGAGGCUGGAGACUACACAUCCAAAUUUUUCAAGCUCCGACAACUCUUCAGCAUGAUCAUUGGCCAGCCUCUUCCUCUCCCUCCCAUGAUUGAAAGCAAGGCAUCGUAUGGUGCAAUCCUGCUGCAUCAAUAUAUCUCCCUCUGGGAUGUGUUACCCUCCCUUUUACAGCCCAUUAAGUCAGAGUUUCCUAUUAACAUGGAGAAUCUGCACCGAAAUGAUAGCAGCGGGCAGUCGUAUGGAUAUGUGCUCUACGAGACGGUCAUAUUUGGUGGUGGACAUCUGCAUUCAAGGGACCAUGUCCGUGACCGAGCACAGGUGUUUGUUAACACCAUGUACGUUGGUGAGCUGGACUACAAAACGGUGGAGCUCUCCCUUCCUGAAGGACAGGGAUUCAGGCAGCUAAGGCUCUUGGUAGAGAACCGCGGUCGUGUCAAUUAUGGCCUGGCAUUGAAUGAACAGAGGAAAGGCUUAAUUGGUGACGUCUACUUGAAUAAAACCCCCUUGAGGAACUUCAAGAUUUACAGUUUGGAGAUGAAACCUAGCUUCAUGAAAAGCUUGCAACAUACUGCUGGAUGGAGUGCAGUCCCGGACUACUUUGUCGGUCCGGCUUUUUUUCGCGGAAGGCUGUGGAUAGAGCAUCAGCCACAGGAUACCUUCUUGAAGCUACAGGGCUGGGAAAAAGGAGUUGUGUUUGUCAAUGGUCAGAACCUGGGCCGCUACUGGAAAAUUGGACCUCAGGAAACACUCUACCUUCCUGGCCCCUGGUUAUGGAAAGGGAGCAAUGAGAUUGUCAUAUUUGAAGAACGCACUGCCGGACGGAUAAUACAGUCUGUCGACAUACCUUAUUUAGGAAGGACCCAGUACGUGGACUGAUGAGAGCUCCUUUCCCAUGUGUGGUUCAUCUUGAAUAUUUCUGGUUGCAUGUCUGGGGACACGAUGGCCCAGGCCCAGUUAAUUUCCACUAGACCCAGGUAAAGGAUUUGCUCUCUGGCAGUAAGUUCAGAAGACAAGAAUGGGCCCCGAAGGAAGCUCAUCUCCCUGCACUACUGAGGACCCACAGCUUGGAUGGCUGCGCAUGAGGUUAUGGACCGUCUGGUGAAUGUGGGGGAGUAAAAAGCUGCUGAAGGCAGGAGGGAGAGAGAGAGAGAGAUAAUACGAAAGAAUUGAAGCCAUCAGAACUGAAAGCUGAGCUCGACUUUACUACUGGCCUCCUCGUUUUUAUAAUUAGAUAGGGAAAAAAUAGUUGGUGGACAUGGGAGUAACCAGGAAUGGAAAACCAUUUUGUUGUGCUUCCAGGCAGAAUUUGGCAGCUCAGUCUGCAAAGAGGCCAUUACUUGUUCAGAUGUUGGAAGCCAACUUGGUUGUCAAAUGACUUUAAUUCGAGCUUUUUCCUCACUAAGUCUUACUGUGGAGGUUGUCUCUCUCUCAAAAAGGAAAAAAAAAAAACUUUAAAAAGUGAAA